UGUGCUGCGAGCCGUCGGACUUUUUACUGAUGUAAAAAUUCGAUUAUUUAUUCCGUAAAUCCUUGCAUAAUGGAAUCCAUUAGUGAAUAUCAAUUGAAAUAUCCUUGUUGGUGCUGUGAGACGUGAAUGAAGUGUUUAAAUUAGUCAACUUUUUGUUGAACUAGCAAUGUAUAAGUGAGAAGUUAAGGAAGUCAUGUCAGAAGAACAUGACGUUGCUUGUGCCGAAAGUGAUAAACAGACUGAAGAAAAUCGAGAGACUAGUGAUAUUGCAAAAGACAUAAAAUUGGAAACUGAUCAGGGUGCCAAUACGUCCAAAGAAUGUGUAGAAAGUGCCAUAAAUGACAAGGACAGAGUUAGCGACGAAUGCGAGAAGGAAACAAAUGUUGCCAAUACUUCUGUUAAAAGACUUGAGUGGACGCGCGAAGGAGCGGAGUUCAGAUUAUCAUGGAGAUUGCCGCAGGAGUGCACCACGGCGGAGGAUUACAUCGCUCUUUGUUACAAAGAGUCGGCGAGGUCCACUGGCGUCGUCGGGCGCGUGCGCGUGCCGACCGGAUGCGCCACCGGCGACAUAAUGUGGCUUCUUGAUGAGCCCAAUCAGCCUUAUGAAGAUUGCGAGCAGCUGCUUUGCUUUCGAUAUUACAAUGGUGAUGGCGAAGAAUGCGUGGCGGAGUCUCCAACCAUACCGCCACGUUUUAAGGUUGAUCUUAAGAAAUUACCCCUCCGGCUCAAGGAAGGCAUCUCGAGGAAGCGAAGCGGCGAUCAAGUGUCGCCCUUCUCAUAUAAUAAUGAAAGCUUCGAAAUGAACUCUGAAAAUCCUCCUCGAAUAGAGUUUGUGCCGGGCACUAGCCAAGAUAUCAAGCAUCUCAGCGAUAACGUCAACAAAUGCUCAAUUAGUGCUUUAGAAAGUAACGGGAACAAUUUGAAUCUCGAUCAAACAAAAUGUGAUCCUAGUAAAUCUGUAGUUAGUAAUGUAAGUAAAGAAUCUCAUUCUAUAAAUAGUGAAUCUCAGAGUGCUAUGGACUGUAUGCCGACCUCCUCGGGUGUCAAAAAGAAGUGUCCCCCUCCUGUGGACACAAGUUUAGGACAAACGCUGACUGGAAUAAAAAAGAAAUCAAAAAUUAAUAGUGGAUUUGAAUCUCCAACAUCGCCGGGUACAGAGUAUUACAAAAUAUGGUCACCAAAGAAUCCUUGCAAAAUAAUGAAGUUCGUAUACGACGUCGAAGGUGCCAAUGUGCCAAGUGAUGCCGAAAAAUCGCCGGUACCUCCUUUGCCCCCAAGACAAUCGCACAAACCGCUGGAGAGAACGCAUGCAUUGUCUCCGCCCCAGGUACCCAGACAUCGAAAACCAAAAAAACUCACAAAGCCUGAAGACGCGUUUACUUUCGAAUUGAUAGAUAUAGAUGAACAGUUUUUUACAGAUAAUAAUAUUACAAAUUCCGCUGUUUUACAGGGUGAGAUAAACGAUUUUAAACCUGGUGAAUUUUAUUCUGGUAAUCAAGGAGCUUUGUCUUCAACUACGAGUUUUUGGAGGGGCGGACCGAAUGUUGCCCCUUUAGCGACACCGGAAACGGACGGUAGCUUAUGUGAAUCGACAAUUUCUUCCAUGAAAUUAAGUAGGUUAAGCGAGGAAAGAAAAUUGAAAGAUGUACCUGAAGCCUCUUCUAGCGUUAAUAAAAGUAAUAUAAUGUUUAUAAAAGAUAUAGGACCUGACAAUUACAUUACGACGACAUUUGCCAGGAAAGAUAAAUCUAGUCCCCCGCCUGAUGUGGUGGAUGGCGUUAUCUUGACGCCGAAUCACGCAAAGUCUGAAGAAAAGGCGCAAAAUACUUUUUUAAAUGAUAUAAGUAACCAUUCCGAAUUCGAAGACGAUAAUAGAAAUCAAAUUGAAGAAAAAGAAAUUAUACUUAAAAGUCAUAAACCGCUUACGAGACAAAGCUCCGGGCGCGCCACGCCCACAAUGAUGACAGCUUUUUUAAAUUCUUCGCAUAUUGAUACCCCGACAAGGGAACUCGAUACUAACAGCUCAAACGCGCCUAGUUCUUGUAAUUCUUCGCAUUCCACAUCACCAGUAGAUGAGAAUAGAACCCUACCCAGCGUAGGGACAUUAUUGAUGAAUAGAAAAUAUUCUUGUGACAGUUCUACCCCAAAACAUUCAAGUUUACCUAGACAUUUAUUGAAGAAUUUAGGAUGUGAAGGAACGCCAAAACAUUCGCCUCUUAAAACAGUAAAUAAUACAAAGAAUACCGUUGAGAGUCCAGCGCGGCCUCAUCCGAGAGUACUGACGAGGGUGGCGGCACUGGCUGGGGCAGUGCCGCAGUGUCCUCCCACGCCCACACAUCACGCCAGGAGGCCGCGGCCUAUGCCUCCUCAGGAUCUGCACCCACCGCCGCCCAUAAAUGCUGAGAACAGGUUGCAUGAAAACUUUGAAAUGGUGGAAUUUACAAAUGAACUGAGGACCUCGGAGAUAAGAUCGCCGAACCUGGAGUUCGUAAACAGCAACCAUUUCACGAUAGUCCACGCUGGCCCACCAGAUGAUGUAGUUCUUCGGAGACCGCGCCCUGUGGACGACAUUGACGACAACGACAAUGCUGUAGCCUCACCAACUCCUCUAAGACAUAUGGCGGGGAUACGGCUGCCGUCGAUUCCUGAGAGAGCGUCCAGACAGAUGGCGUUGACAGGAGAUUUUCCCGCUAAUAUGAUUGGCGGGAUCAUUGAGUGUGAAGAGCCACUACCAGCUGGAUGGGAAGCCCGGAUGGAUAGUCAUGGGCGAGUGUUCUACAUUGAUCAUAUCAACAGGACCACCACGUGGCAGAGGCCAGGAGUCAAUGGCACGACUCCGAGGUCGCCUGCACCUGAAGUCCAAAGGCGGCAGUUGGAUCGAAGGUAUCAAUCUAUCCGGCGCACAAUGACGCGCACACAGCUAGCAGAAGAAGAGGCGGCGUGCGCGUCCCCCCCUCCCCCCGCCGCGGGCUCCUCCCGCGCCCCGCCGCACGCGCCCCACCCCGCCGCUGAGUUCCUAGCCAGGCCUGACUUCUACUCCAUACUACAUAUGAACGAGGAAGCCUCAUCGUUAUACAACUGCAACUCGACUCUGAAGCAUAUGAUAUCGAAGAUCCGACGGGACACGUCCUCCUUCGAGCGCUACCAACACAACCGGGACCUCGUGUCCCUCGUCAACAUGUUCAGUGAGACUGAGCGGGACCUGCCGCUGGGGUGGGACACCAAGCUGGAUAGGAAUGGAAAGCGUUUCUUCGUGGACCACGUGAUGCGGCGCACGACAUUCAUCGACCCCCGCGUCCCCCGCGCGCCCGCCGCCGGCCCCUUCUCCCCGCUGCUCCCACAGCGGAGGAGACCAGUGCUUAUCGAACAGGCGCCGACGCCGCCGCCGCGGCCGCCGCUGUCGUCGUCGGACGCGCACGCGCACAACACUCCCAGCGACAUACCGGUCGCGUAUAAUGACAAGGUGGUGGCGUUCCUCCGGCAGCCGAACAUAAUGUCGAUCCUGCGCGAGCGCUGCGGCGGCGGCGGCGGCGGCGGCGGCGGCGGCGGCGGCGCGCUGCGCGACAAGGUGCACGCUGUGCGCGUGGAGGGCGCGCCUGCGCUCGCGCGCUUCCAGCACGACCUGCAGCUCACCUGCACGCUCAGCCUGUUCGAGCAGGAGAUCAUGAGUUACGUGCCGGCGGGCGGGUGCUCGGCCCCCAGCCUCGGCGCCUCGCCCGCCGCGUCGCCGGCCGCCGCGCGGAGCACGCACGCGCCCGCGCCUCAACGAAGGGAUUUCGAAGCCAAGCUGCGCGCCUUCUACAGGAAACUCGAGAGCAAGGGCUAUGGACAGGGACCUGGGAAAUUAAAACUGCACAUUCGCCGCGAGCAUCUCCUAGAAGACGCGUUCCGUCGCAUCAUGUCCUGUGGGAAGAAAGAAUUACAGAAAGGGAAACUCUGCGUACUCUGGGACGGCGAAGAAGGACUCGACUACGGCGGCCCCAGCCGGGAGUUCUUCUUCCUGUUGUCCAGGGAGCUGUUCAACCCUUAUUACGGACUGUUCGAGUAUUCAGCAAAUGAUACUUACACGGUCCAUGUCUCCCCGAUGUCCGCCUUCGUGGAUAAUCAUCAUGAAUGGUUCCGAUUCUCCGGUCGGGUGCUGGGCCUGGCGCUGGUGCACGGUUACCUGCUAGAGGCGUGGUUCACGCGAGCGCUGUACCGCGCGCUGCUGCGCCUGCCGCCCGCACUCGAAGACGUCGAUGCUUUGGACGCGCAGUUUGCGGCUUCCCUUAGGUGGUUACAGAGUUCUCGCUGCGUGUCGUCGCUGGAGCUGACGUUCGCGGUGUCGGAGCGGCUGGCGGACGGACGCGUGCUGGAGCGGGAGCUGAAGCCGGGCGGGCGCGCGCUGGCGGUGACGGGCCGCAACAAGAAGGAGUACCUCGAGCGCGUCGUGCGCUGGCGCGUCGAGCGCGGCGUCGCCGACCAGACCGAGUGGCUCGUGCGCGGCUUCCACGAGGUGGUGGACCCGCGGCUGGUGGCGGCGUUCGACGCGCGUGAGCUGGAGCUGGUGAUCGCGGGCGCGCCGGAGCUGGACGUGCGCGACUGGCGCGCGCACACGGAGUAUCGCGGCGGAUACCACGACCUGCAUCCCGUCAUCCUGUGGUUCUGGCAGGCCAUCGACAGGUUCACGAACGAGCAGCGGCUGCGGCUGGUGCAGUUCGUGACGGGCACGUCCUCGAUCCCGUACGAGGGCUUCGCGGCGCUGCGCGGCUCCACCGGCCCGCGCCGCUUCUGCAUCGAGCGCUGGGGCCGCGUGGAGUCGCUGCCGCGCGCGCACACCUGCUUCAACCGCCUCGACCUGCCUCCCUACCCCACGCCGCAGCUCCUCCACGAGAAACUCCUACUCGCCGUCGAGGAGACCAACACGUUCGGCAUCGAGUGAAUCGACCAAUCAAAUCUUAUAGGUUAUGUCGAUUUGAUAAUUUUGUUCGCGAUGAGAAUCAAUUCGUUUGUUUUGUACGGUUACCGGACGAAAGUUGAUGAAUUCGUUUUUAAGUGAGCGAUGUUGCAAUACUGAUUUGUAUCUGCUUUUAUCGUAGUCGAAGGAUAGACCGCUUCGCUGGCCGAUAAAGAGGUCGCUGACAGCUAUUUAUUUUAUUAUUUCGAGUCCACACGCGCAGGGUCGCAUAAUGGCGCAUUGUUCUAACAUUAGAACGAGUAUUUGCCACAGCAAGAGCGGACAAAAUAGUAUUAAAACAUUUAGAAAACCCGCCUUAUAGUGGAUAGCUUGCGGCUGGGCGUCUAGUAUUGUUUAACCGUGAAAGUUCCAAUUCCGAUAACAAUUAUCUUUAAGGUCAUUGUUCUAUUAAUGCGUAUUUGAAAUGCAUUGGCCAAUGUAAAUAAUCGUGAUUAAUUCUGUUGUCAAUGUAAAUAAUAGUCAAUUGAAUUGAUAGUGUAGGCGGGAAACAAACAAAGAUAACUGUAGUUCUAUAGUUAGGAAAACCAAGUCUAAGUGUAUGUAGAUGUGCCUCGUUAAUCUAUAAACAUUUACCAUAUACUUUAUUAGCCACUUCCUAUGUAUGAGGUUUGUACUUUUUAACGCUUUUAUUGUAAUGAAGUAUAUCGUGGCUGUGAAAGGGAUUCGAAUCCCAAGUUUAUUAGAUAGUAUGCUUUAUGUCACUUAUUUACGUAAUUUAACCUUUUGACAACUCUAGAUAAGGUAUAUAUAUAUAAUCUCGCUGUUAGAACCCAUGAUUAAAAAAUAACUAAAAGUUAAUGAAAUAAAGACUUGGAUGUUUAUUUAUUUAAUCAAAAACGAUAUGAAAAUAUUUCCAAUUAAAAACAGUAUUAUUGGCUACUCGUUAUUGCUGGAAAUGCUAAACAAUCUUUCAACAAUAUAGCAAAGUUUAACGCUCACCUGCUACCAAGCUGCUAUCUCUAAUUUAUUCUAUAAUUGCGACCAGUAUAUCUGGAACAUGAUUCUGGUUUAGUUACCACCAGUAUUAUCUUCCAUAUGUUAUUCUAAGUACUAGAAAAGAACCUCUUACACAGUUCUAUCACUAACUUAUUGUGAUUCUAAUUUUACAUUCACAGUUUACGAGUCUGUAAAUAGAUAUCACACCACACUAAGUUGUCUGGGGUGCUUUGUCCAUUAUUAACUGUAAUCGAUGUUAUGUAAUCAAUAAACAAUUUAAUAACUUACUCGAAAGUUAUACCUUACUCAUAUGCUGAUGCACUUGCAGAUGGAAUAUUUAAUUUUCAAAAUGUAAAUACAUUAUUUAUUGCUACUCAUAACUCAUGUGUUACAUAAGUUACUUUAUUUUUUUGUAAUUAAUAUAGUUCUAUUAUGUUGAAUAUUUAAUAACCUUAUUAUUGUGUAAAUUUUUGUUUUGUGCGAGUGAUAAAAUGUGUCAAUAUACAUUAUUACUUACAAAUA